GCCCCGGCCGCGAUGGCGUCGGAGCGUCCCCCCAGCAAGCCCACCUGCCUCAUCGUGGCCAGCUCUGCCGCCCACGGUGUGUCGGCCCCAUCCUUCCUUCACUGCUUCACGUUGGGCAGCGCGGCCUUCAACCUGCAAGUGGCCACUCCGGGGGGGAAGGCGAUAGACUUCGUGGACGUGAACGAGAGCAACACGCGAUGGAUCCAGGACUUCCGCCUGAAAUCCUACGCCAGCCCGGCCAAACUGGAGUCCAUCGACGGGGCCCGAUAUCACGCCGUGCUGAUUCCCAACUGCCCGGGGGCUCCGGUGGACCUGGCCAACAACGGCUAUCUGGCCCGGAUCCUCCAGCACUUCAGCGCCGAAAGCAAGCCGAUCUGCGCCGUGGGCCACGGUGUCGCCGCCUUAUGCUGCGCCACGAAGGAAGACAAGUCCUGGGUGUUCGGAGAUUACAGCAUGACCGGGCCGUCCGUCUAUGAGCUGAUCCGCCAGCCGGGCUUCGCCAGCCUGCCCAUCAUCCCGGAGGACUUCGCCAAAGACGCCGGGGCCACUUUCAGCGCCAGCCGGCCGGAUGCCGUGCACGUGGUACUGGACCGCCACCUCGUCACGGGUCAGAACGACAACUCCACCGUCGCCGCCGUGCACAACCUGGUCUCCCUGUGCAGUUCCAGGAAGUGAAGACGUCCCCCCGGCCCCACGACGGGCAGCAAGGGCCCCCGAGAAGCGGCUGGCCGGACCGGAGGCACCUCUUCGGGAAGCCCCCCGUGUCGUCGGGGACCGGAGGGGAUCCGGGGGGUCCGCGGGGACCGCUUCUCUCCCUCCUCUUCCCUCCGGUCAGCGACUCUCCGGGGGGACGUAGGGGAAGGGGCCCCGGACCCGAGAGGAGGACGGACGGACGGACGGACCCACCGACUUUCCCCCGGCCCCGCUUCCCCCACUGCACUUUCUAGUAAAAAAGGAAAGCCCUCCUCGGCACACUUUGUGGGGGU